AUGCCGCAGAACGAUUACAUUGAGAGACACGUGAAGCUUAACGGCAGGCGCCUCGACCACGAGGAGCGUGCGCGAAAGAAGCAGGCGCGUGAGGGCCACCGACACUCGCGCGAUGCACAGAACCUGCGGGGCCUGCGGGCCAAGAUGCAGCAAGAGGUGCGGCGGAAGGAGAAGAUCCAGAUGCGCAAGACGAUCCGGGCGCACGAGGCGCGCAACGUGAAGUCGUCGGACGCGCCGCCGGAGGACGACGAGAACCGGGAGGCGGUGCCGCACUAUCUGCUGGACCGUGCGGGCGAGCGGAACGCCAAGGCACUGAGCACGGCGAUCAAGCAGAAGCGCAACGAGAAGGCGGCGCGGUUUGCGGUGCCGCUGCCCAAGGUGCGGGGCAUAUCCGAGGCCGAGAUCUUCUCGGUCGUCAAGACGGGCAAGAAGAUGAAGAAGAAGGCGUGGAAGCGGAUGAUCACGAAGCCGACGUUUGUCGGUCCCGACUUUGUGCGCGGCCCCGUCAAGCUAGAGCGGUUCAUCCGGCCGAUGGCGCUGCGCCAGAAGCGGGCCAACGUGACGCAUCCCGGCCUGGCCGUCACGGUGCAGCUGCCGAUCCUCAGCGUCAAGAAGAACCCACAGGAUCCCAUGUACACCCGCCUGGGCGUCCUGACCAAGGGCACCAUCAUCGAGGUCAACGUGAGCGAUCUGGGCAUGACGACGACGAGCGGCAAGGUCGUGUGGGGCCGCUGGGCGCAGAUCACCAACAACCCCGAGAACGACGGCUGUGUCAACGCGCAGCUAUCCCGGUACAACGACAAGACGGACUGCGGCUGGACCGCAUCGAAGGAGCUCCUGGCGCAGUUCGGCACGCUGCUGGAGUCGAGUGAGCACUUUGGGCUGCUGGUGACGAUCACGGGCGAGUCGUUGACGCCGGUCGAUUUUCUGUCGGCGCCGUCGUCGUCGACGUCCUUUUCGUCUCUCGUCGACACCGUCCUCGUGCCACGACUGAAGGAGAAGGAGGCGGCGUACAUCCUGUUGCGGCGGUACGACACGGCACCACGGCUGGUGGCAGCAACAUAUGUGCCGGACGCGGCGCCGGUGCGGCAGAAGAUGCUGUUUGCCUCGACGCGGCUGACGCUGGUCCGUGAACUCGGCAGCGAGCACUUCCGCGAGACCAUCUUUGCCACAACGGCGGAGGAGCUGAGCGGACAGGGCUUCAAGCGCCAUGACGCGCACAACGCCAUGGAGGCCCCGCUGACCGAGGAGGAGCGCACGCUGGGCGACGUCAAGCGGGCCGAGCAGGAAGCUGGCCACGGCACCGGAUCGCGCGACGUGCAUCUGAGCCGGGGCCUGAAGCUGACGGUCGAGCCGGAUGCAGUGGCGGCGCUGCGCAGCCUCGAUGAGGGGUCCACGGUGGUGAUGCUGAAAAUCAACCCCGAGACGGAGGUGGUCGAGCUCGCACCAGCCCCUUCGCCCGCACCGACGACGAUCGAGCAGCUGGCCCAGGCCAUCUCGGCCACGGAGCCGCGCUUCACCUUCUUCCGGUUCGCCCAUGAGUACGGUGGCUACAAGGGCAGCCCGCUGUUGUUCUUCUACACAAACCCGGCCACACCCGGCUCGCGGGCCAUCAAGUUCCGCAUGAUGUAUCCGCUGAUGAAGCGGGCCGUGCUAGACGUGGCCGAGGGCCAGGCUGGUCUCACGCUUGAGAAGAAGUUUGAGAUUGACGAGCCGGCCGAGAUCACCGAGGCUGGCGUGCUGGCCGAGCUGCACCCACAGGUGGAGGUGCGUCGGGGUUUUAGCCGGCCCAAGCGGCCAGGCCGGUAA